AUGUUAGCGAGGAAGAAUGCCUUUGUUGACGUCAUCAAUGUUAUUGUUAAUGUUGAUGUCAUUGUUUCCGAUGAUAAAUUUGUUGUUACAAAUACACACAUGGAAGCGAUCAUUGAAACGACGAACUACUACCGGCUGCAAUGGAGAGUAUUCAAUUCAAUGAUGUGCCCUGUUUGCUCCAAUCACUACAAGAUCACACCAGACGGGAAACUUUGCCGUCAUGGUGGAAGGGUUAAAGGCCAGAAAUGCUCGGGUUCGAGGAAAAAGGUGGAUGCACCACAGGUUGUGACCGGUCCGCCUCACGUAGCCGCAUCUAGCGAUGGACUCAUAAUGGGUGCGUCCGUAUCAGUUUCGGAGAUUCCCACCAGUUUGGAUUACCCCCUUUUUUUUGACAGGAUGACGGCUGUUUUGAAACGCGUACCACUGCACGAUCACAUUCCAAAACCGUGUAGAGAAAAAUGUAGCAAAGCACUGCACGAGUUACUGACGACCGUUUGUUGUGACUCCGGCGAUCCCGCUCACUGGUGCAGACUUUUUUUGUUUUUUCCAUACGUCCUUCAAAAACCUGCCAGAGGGGGACGCCGGGUCAACCAAGGCAACCAGAUUAACAAGCGCCUGUCCGAAUACUCCACGAUUGAGGUUACGUCCCUGCUCUCGGGUUUUGAAAACCACAUCAACGCAAAUCCACGCGGCCACAACCCUGACCGGUUGAUAAAUGCGGUGUCUUCUUGCAUAGAGCAGGGAAACGUUUCAGCAGCCGUCAGACUUGUCUGCUCGCCCGAGGGCCUGGCAAGAAACACGCCUGAAACCUUAGAAAAACUACGCUACAUUAACCCAUCGUUGUUGGGCAGAUUUGAUGAUGUUUUGCGUACCGCCUUGUCAGCCAUUUGCAAUGAACCAUCUGGCAUUUCAGUGCAAGAUGGCAAGCGACCAGACGGUUGUACUCUUACUCCCUGGAGAGCUGGUAAAUGUUUGGCUUGGGAUGUUACGGUUCCUGGUACCUUGGCCGAGCGCUACGUUCACCUUACCAGCAAAGAAUGUGGUUUGGCUGCAAUCAGGGCAUCGGACAAAAAAAUUAAAAAAUAUGAACACGCCCUGCCUUCCUUAGAUUUUUUGCCAAUAUGUAUCGAGGUCCUUGGACCCAUGGACCCCAAUACUUCAAAAUUUAUUAAAACAUUGUGUAAAAUGAUUGGUAUUCGGUCAGGUGACAACAGAGAGUUCUUUUUUGCAAUAAACCACAUCUCGUGUUUGUUGCAGCGAUUUCUGCGUGUUUGUGUGUCGGAAAAUAUUAAUUUAAACGCCGACGUGUGA